CCAACAACCCCAAGCAUCAAACUGAAGGAAACAUUCUAACCUUCACAGACAGACUGGAGGCUGGAUGGGGACCUGGCUGAAGACAUCUGGAGAAUGAAAGUUAAGUACCAGCUUGGAUUUUUGUUCCCCUAGAUUAUUUUUGCAUUUUAAAAUAAGAAGCAUCAAAUUGCGUGUCUCUGUGUAAAAGUUCUAGCAAUUUGUUUUAAGGUGAACUUAUUUUGGCUUAGGGACUACAAAAAGAGAAGGUAAUUCCUAGGGAAGGAAGAAGAGAAAGAAAUGAAAAUUAGAAAAUAAGAUUAUUUUGAAUGACUUCAGGUAGCGAGGAGUGUGUGUUUGUGAGUGUGUAUUUGAGAGACUUGGCUCAUGCCUGUGGGUCUCUCUUCUAGUAUCAGUGAGGGGAGGUAUUAUUGAAGAAGAAGGGGGAAAAAAAAAGAAAGAAAUCUGAGCUUUCUGGGAGGAAAUUCAAAGGAACGAAGAGAAAUUAACUUUGUUCUGCAAGGACUAAAAUACAGCAAGAGGAAAGGGGUCAAGGGAGAAGCGUGCGGGAAGCACACACGCUGGGGAGGAAUAGAAGCCACACUGGCAGAGCAGCCAGCACAGGUAGCCAGCAGAGGCAUUCUUGGGGCUAUUUGAAAAAGUUUGGUUUGUGGACAAAACAGUUUCCCUGGUGACUGCAAAUCCAUUGCUAGCUGCCUCUUUCUCGUCUGCCCAUCACUCUGGUGUGGUACCCAGAAGUUGACUUCUGGUUCUGUAGAAAGAGCUAGGGGAGGUAUGAUGUGCUUAAAGAUCCUAAGAAUAAGCCUGGCGAUUUUGGCUGGGUGGGCACUUUGUUCUGCCAACUGUGAGCUGGGCUGGACACGCAAGAAAUCCUUGGUUGAGAGGGAACACCUGAAUCAGGUGCUGUUGGACGGAGAACGUUGUUGGCUGGGGGCCAAGGUUCGAAGACCCAGAGCUUCUCCACAGCAUCACCUCUUUGGAGUCUACCCCAGUAGGGCUGGGAACUACCUAAGGCCCUACCCUGUGGGGGAGCAAGAAAUCCAUCAUACAGGACGCAGCAAACCAGACACUGAAGGAAAUGCUGUGAGCCUUGUUCCCCGAGACCUGACUGAAAAUCCAGCAGGACUGAGGGGUGCAGUUGAACAGCCAGCUGCCCCAUGGGUAGGGGAUAGUCCUAUUGGGCAAUCUGAGCUGCUGGGAGAUGAUGACGCUUAUCUUGGCAAUCAAAGAUCCAAGGAGUCUCUAGGUGAGGCCGGGAUUCAGAAAGGCUCAGCCAUGGCUGCCACUACUACCACCGCCAUUUUCACAACCCUGAACGAACCCAAACCAGAGAGCCAAAGGAGGGGCUGGGCCAAGUCCAGGCAGCGUCGCCAAGUGUGGAAGAGGCUGGCGGAAGAUGUGCAGGGAGACUCCGAUAUCUCUUCACAUUUGCAACCUUGGACCAAGCAUUCCCUUAAACACAGGGUCAGAAAGAGUCCACCGGAGGAAAGCAACCAAAAUGGUGGAGAGGGCUCCUACCGAGAAGCAGAGACCUUUAACUCCCAAGUAGGACUGCCCAUCUUAUACUUCUCUGGGAGGCGGGAGCGGCUGCUGCUGCGUCCAGAAGUGCUGGCUGAGAUUCCCCGGGAGGCGUUCACAGUGGAAGCCUGGGUUAAACCGGAGGGAGGACAGAACAACCCAGCCAUCAUUGCAGGUGUGUUUGAUAACUGCUCCCACACUGUCAGUGACAAAGGCUGGGCCCUGGGGAUCCGCUCAGGGAAAGACAAGGGAAAGCGGGAUGCUCGCUUCUUCUUCUCCCUCUGCACCGACCGCAUGAAGAGAGCCACCAUCUUGAUUAGCCACAGUCGCUACCAACCAGGCACAUGGACCCAUGUGGCAGCCACUUACGAUGGACGGCGCAUGGCCCUGUAUGUGGAUGGCACUCAGGUUGCUAGCAGUCUAGACCAGUCUGGUCCCCUGAACAGCCCCUUCAUGGCAUCUUGCCGCUCUUUGCUCCUGGGGGGAGACAGCUCUGAGGAUGGGCACUAUUUCCGUGGACACCUGGGCACACUGGUUUUCUGGUCGACUGCCCUGCCACAAAGCCAUUUUCAGCACAGUUCUCAGCAUUCAAGUGGGGAGGAGGAAGCGACUGACUUGGUCCUGACAGCGAGCUUUGAGCCUGUGAACACAGAGUGGGUUCCCUUUAGAGAUGAGAAGUACCCCCGACUUGAGGUUCUCAAGGGCUUUGAGCCAGAGCCUGAGAUUCUGUCGCCUUUGCGGCCUCCACUCUGUGGGCAAACAGUUUGUGACAAUGUGGAAUUGAUCUCCCAGUACAAUGGAUACUGGCCCCUUCGGGGAGAGAAGGUGAUACGCUACCAGGUGGUGAACAUCUGUGAUGAUGAGGGCCUAAACCCCAUUGUGAGUGAGGAGCAGAUUCGUCUGCAGCACGAGGCACUGAAUGAGGCCUUCAGCCGCUACAACAUCAGCUGGCAGCUGAGCGUCCACCAGGUCCGCAAUUCCACCCUGCGACACCGGGUUGUGCUUGUGAACUGUGAGCCCAGCAAGAUUGGCAAUGACCAUUGCGACCCCGAGUGUGAGCACCCACUCACAGGCUAUGAUGGGGGUGACUGCCGCCUGCAGGGCCGCUGCUACUCCUGGAACCGCAGGGAUGGGCUCUGUCACGUGGAGUGUAACAACAUGCUGAACGACUUUGACGACGGAGACUGCUGUGACCCCCAGGUGGCUGAUGUGCGCAAGACCUGCUUUGACCCUGACUCACCCAAGAGGGCAUACAUGAGUGUGAAGGAGCUGAAGGAGGCCCUGCAGCUGAACAGUACUCACUUCCUCAACAUCUACUUUGCCAGCUCAGUGCGGGAAGACCUUGCAGGUGCUGCCACAUGGCCUUGGGACAAGGACGCUGUCACUCACCUGGGUGGCAUUGUCCUCAGCCCAGCCUAUUAUGGGAUGCCUGGCCACACCGACACCAUGAUCCAUGAAGUGGGACAUGUUCUAGGACUCUACCAUGUCUUUAAAGGGGUCAGCGAAAGAGAAUCCUGCAAUGACCCCUGCAAGGAGACAGUGCCGUCCAUGGAAACCGGAGACCUCUGUGCUGACACUGCCCCUACUCCCAAGAGUGAGCUGUGCCGGGAACCAGAGCCCACUAGUGACACCUGUGGCUUCACUCGCUUCCCAGGGGCUCCGUUCACCAACUACAUGAGCUACACGGAUGAUAACUGCACUGACAACUUCACCCCUAACCAAGUGGCCCGAAUGCAUUGCUAUUUGGACCUAGUCUAUCAGCAGUGGACUGAAAGCAGAAAGCCCACCCCCAUCCCCAUCCCACCUAUGGUCAUCGGACAGACCAACAAGUCCCUCACUAUCCACUGGCUGCCUCCUAUUAGUGGAGUUGUAUAUGACAGGGCCUCAGGCAGCAUGUGUGGCGCUUGCACUGAAGAUGGGACAUUUCGUCAGUAUGUGCACACAGCUUCCUCCCGGCGGGUGUGUGAUUCCUCAGGUUAUUGGACCCCAGAGGAGGCUGUGGGGCCUCCUGAUGUGGAUCAGCCCUGCGAGCCAAGCUUACAGGCCUGGAGCCCUGAGGUCCACCUGUACCACAUGAACAUGACGGUCCCCUGCCCCACAGAAGGCUGUAGCUUGGAGCUGCUCUUCCAACACCCAGUCCAAGCCGACACCCUCACCCUGUGGGUCACUUCCUUCUUCAUGGAGUCCUCGCAGGUCCUCUUUGACACAGAGAUCUUGCUGGAAAACAAGGAGUCAGUGCACCUGGGCCCCUUAGACACUUUCUGUGACAUCCCACUCACCAUCAAACUGCACGUGGAUGGGAAGGUCUCAGGGGUGAAAGUCUACACCUUUGAUGAGAGGAUAGAGAUUGACGCAGCACUCCUGACUUCUCAGCCCCACAGUCCCUUGUGCUCUGGCUGCAGGCCUGUGAGGUACCAGGUUCUCCGCGAUCCCCCAUUUGCCAGUGGUUUGCCCGUGGUGGUGACACAUUCUCACAGGAAGUUCAUGGACGUGGAGGUCACACCUGGGCAGAUGUAUCAGUACCAAGUUCUAGCUGAAGCUGGAGGAGAACUGGGAGAAGCUUCGCCUCCUCUGAACCACAUUCAUGGAGCUCCUUAUUGUGGAGAUGGGAAGGUGUCAGAGAGCCUGGGAGAAGAGUGUGAUGAUGGAGACCUUGUGAGCGGAGAUGGCUGCUCCAAGGUGUGUGAGCUGGAGGAAGGUUUCAACUGUGUAGGAGAGCCAAGCCUUUGCUACAUGUAUGAGGGAGAUGGCAUAUGUGAACCUUUUGAGAGAAAAACCAGCAUUGUAGACUGUGGCAUCUACACUCCCAAAGGAUACUUGGAUCAGUGGGCUACCCGGGCUUACUCCUCUCAUGAAGACAAAAAGAAGUGUCCUGUUUCCUCGGUAACUGGAGAACCUCAUUCCCUGAUUUGCACAUCAUACCAUCCAGAUUUACCCAACCACCGUACCCUAACUGGCUGGUUUCCCUGUGUUGCCAGUGAAAAUGAAACUCAGGAUGACAGGAGUGAACAGCCAGAAGGUAGCCUGAAGAAAGAGGAUGAGGUUUGGCUCAAAGUGUGUUUCAAUAGACCAGGAGUGGCCAGAGCAAUUUUUAUUUUUUUGACAACUGACGGCCUAGUUCCUGGAGAGCAUCGGCAGCCGACAGUGACUCUCUACCUGACCGAUGUGCGUGGAAGCAACCACUCUCUUGGAACCUAUGGACUGUCAUGCCAGCAUAAUCCACUGAUUAUCAAUGUGACCCAUCACCAGAAUGUCCUUUUCCACCAUACCACCUCAGUGCUGCUGAAUUUCUCAUCCCCACGGGUUGGCAUCUCAGCUGUGGCUCUAAGGACAUUCUCCCACAUUGGUAUUUCGACUCCCAGUAACUGCAUCUCAGAGGAUGAGGGGCAGAAUCAACAGGAACAGAGCUGUUUCCAUCGGCCCUGUGGGAAGCAGGACAGCUGUCCGUCAUUGCUGCUUGAUCACGCUGAUGUGGUGAACUGUACCUCUAUAGGCCCAGGUCUCAUGAAGUGUGCUAUCACUUGUCAAAGGGGAUUUGCCCUUCAGGCCAGCAGUGGGCAGUACAUCAGGCCUAUGCAGAAGGAAAUUCUGCUCACAUGUUCUUCUGGGCACUGGGACCAGAAUGUGAGCUGCCUUCCCGUGGACUGCGGUGUUCCUGACCCGUCUUUGGUGAACUAUGCAAACUUCUCCUGCUCAGAGGGAACCAACUUUCUGAAACGCUGCUCAAUCUCUUGUGUCCCACCAGCCAAGCUGCAAGGACUGAGCCCAUGGCUGACAUGUCUUGAAGAUGGUCUCUGGUCUCUCCCUGAAGUCUACUGCAAGUUGGAGUGUGAUGCUCCCCCUGUUAUUCUGAAUGCCAACUUGCUCCUGCCUCACUGCCUCCAGGACAACCACGACGUGGGCACCAUCUGCAAAUAUGAAUGCAAACCAGGGUACUAUGUGGCAGAAAGUGCGGACGGUAAAGUCAGGAACAAGCUCCUGAAGAUACAAUGCCUGGAAGGUGGAAUCUGGGAGCAAGGCAGCUGCAUUCCUGUGGUGUGUGAGCCACCCCCUCCUGUGUUUGAAGGCAUGUAUGAAUGUACCAAUGGCUUCAACCUGGACAGCCAGUGUGUGCUCAACUGUAACCAGGAACGUGAAAAGCUUCCCAUCUUCUGCACUAAAGAGGGCCUGUGGACCCAGGAGUUUAAGUUGUGUGAGAAUCUGCAAGGAGAAUGCCCACCACCCCCCUCAGAGCUGAAUUCUGUGGAGUACAAAUGUGAACAAGGAUAUGGGAUUGGUGCAGUGUGUUCCCCAUUGUGUGUAAUCCCCCCCAGUGACCCCGUGAUGCUGCCUGAGAAUAUCACUGCUGACACUCUGGAGCACUGGAUGGAACCUGUCAAAGUCCAGAGCAUUGUGUGCACUGGCCGGCGUCAAUGGCACCCAGACCCCGUCUUAGUCCACUGCAUCCAGUCAUGUGAGCCCUUCCAAGCAGAUGGUUGGUGUGACACUAUCAACAACCGAGCCUACUGCCACUAUGACGGGGGAGACUGCUGCUCUUCCACACUCUCCUCCAAGAAGGUCAUUCCAUUUGCUGCUGACUGUGACCUGGAUGAGUGCACCUGCCGGGACCCCAAAGCAGAAGAAAAUCAGUAACUGUGGGAACAAGCCCCUCCCUACACUGCCUCAGAGGCAGUAAGAAAGAGACACUGACCCAGGAGGAAACAAAGGGUGAAUGAAGAAGAACAAUCAUGAAAUGGAGAAAGGAGGAAGGGCAUGAAGGAUUUUAUAAGAAAUGCAAGAGGAUAUUGAUAGGUGCCAACUAGUUCAUCGAGUAGCCCAAGUAGGAGAGAAUCAUAGGCAAAAGUUUAUUUAAAGUGGCAGUUGAUUAACAUGGAAGGGGAAAUAUGAUAGAUAUAUAAGGACCCUUCUUCCUCAUUUAUAUUCUAUUAAAUCCUAUCCUCAACUCUUGCC